AGAGAGAGAGAGAGAGAGAGAGAGAGAGAGAGAGAGAGAGAGGCUCACACAUACUGACUGAGAUACAGUGGGGUUGGGGAGAGUGCAGAUUCAUCCUGUAGAGAUCUCCCCACAGCCUCAGAGAGAGAAAGGGAGGAAUAUUUUAAAAAGAGAGAAAUACAGAAUGGGAAACACAUAUGUUUUAAGGGGAGAGAGAGGAAGGAUGAUUUAUUGUGGAGCAAGCCAUUGACAAGCUGACUGAACAUUCCUGGAGGAAAACAACUCUGAAAAGAUUGUAGGAUAGGAAAAGAGGGACAGAAGGAAAGAGGACGGAUCAAGAGAUGCAUGCAGUCAACCGUACUCAUUCGAUGGUCUCCUUAGUGUGUUCAGAGCCAUGCCCAGUACACCUGUCGCCACAAUGUGACAGCGACCGUCUGACCACGGAGACAUCACCUAGACAGUCCACAACACUUUAGAUUCCUAUGGCACGGUAACCUGGCAACAGCAGAUACCUACAGCGCUGUAACUUGGCAACAACACUGAGUCACCUCAAUCGAAUUGCCACCUCUGAAUCAACUCCUCUCUGCUGUGAGGAUGCUGAGGGUGUCAAUGGUCCUACUGCAGAGGCAGCUGGUCCUGUGUGUGUGGGUGUGUGUGUCCAGUGCACUAGUGGUCCAUUCCCUGCCAUGGAGCGUCUCCUGCCCGGCAGGGUGUGUGUGUCAGAUCAAGCCCUGGUUUUCCCCCCAGUCAUUGUCCUGCGAGGUUCCAACUGUGGACUGUAACAACCUGUUCCUGACCCAGCUCCCCUCCCCUCUCCCCCUAGACACACACACCCUCUGUCUGCAGAGUAACCUGCUGUCUGCCUUGGAGACACCACUGUUACAGACACUCCCCAACCUCACAGAGCUGGAUCUGUCUCAGAACCGCUUCAGCAGUGUUAGGACACUAACCUCAACCCAGCCCCAGACUCCCUCCCUGCGCUCCCUACUCUCCUUGCACAUGGAGGAGAACCAGCUUCGGUCCCUGCCCCCUGCCGCCUUCUCUUCCCUGCCUGCCCUACAGGAGCUCUUCCUCAGCCACAACCAGCUGGCCUCCCUGGCUCCUAGAGCCUUCUCUGGCUUGGGCUCCCUGCUGCGCCUGCACCUCAACAACAACCACCUGACCUCAAUUGACCCCCUCUGGUUCACCACCCUGCCCUGCCUCCAGGUGCUGAUGCUGGGGGGAAACCCAGUGGAGGUCCUCCCUGAACGGGGCUUCCAGGCGCUGGCAUCUCUACGCAGCCUGGUGCUGGGGGGCAUGGGGCUGAAAGGGUUGCCUGAGAGGGCCCUGGAGGGGCUGGACAGCCUGGAGAGCCUGUCCUUCUACGACAACCUCCUCACCACUGUCCCCACACAGGCUCUGAGGAGGCUCCCAGGCCUGAAGUUCCUGGACCUGAAUAAGAACCGUCUGAGUCUGGUUCAGACAGGGGACUUCAGGGACCUGGUCCACCUGACAGAGCUGGGUCUGAACAACAUGGAGGAGCUGGUGGCCAUCGAGAGGGCAGCCAUGGAGAACCUGCCUGAGCUCACCAAGCUGGAGAUCACCAACAACCCCCGGCUGUCCUACAUCCACCCCCAGGCCUUCUUCCAGCUGGGCAGGCUCGAGAGCCUGAUGCUGAACUCCAACGCUCUGACUGCUCUGCACCAACACACUGUCCUGUCUCUGCCCAGACUGAGGGAGGUCAGCCUGCACUCCAACCCCCUCCGCUGUGACUGCCUGUUUCGCUGGGUGGCUGAGGAGCACCCUCACACAGAUGCUGACGCACACACAGAUACACAGAUGCCACAGGCUGUGAGGUUUAUCCAGCCCCAGGCCACAUUGUGUUCUGAGCCUCCAGAGCUGAGGGCUCGCAGGGUGAGGGAGGUGUCAAUCACAGAGAUGUCAGCCUCCUGCCUCCCCCUCAUCCCCCCUGGCAUCCUCCCCCCCUACGUGGGGGUGAGAGAGGGGGAGAGGCUGGCCCUGCACUGUCGCGCCCUGGCAGAGCCUCAGCCCACAAUCUACUGGGUCACUCCUUCUGGACAGAGACUGGGAUCAUCCAACAACACCCACAGCCACAAGCCUGCAUCCAGACCCUUCUCCAAGCCUGCAUCCAGACCCUUCUCCAAGCCUGCAUCCAGACCCUACUCCAAGCCUGGAUACAGACCCUACUUCAAGCCUCGAUCCAGCCUCAACUCCAAGCCUGGAUCCAGACCCUACUUCAAGCCUGCAUCCAGACCCUACUCCAAGCCUGGAUCCAGACCCUACUUCAAGCCUCGAUCCAGCCUCAACUCCAAGCCUGGAUCCAGACCCUACUUCAAGCCUGCAUCCAGACCCUACUUCAAGCCUCGAUCCAGCCUCAACUCCAAGCCUGCAUCCAGACCCUACUCCAAGCCUGGAUCCAGACCCUACUCCAAGCCUGGAUCCAGACCCUACUCCAAGCCUGGAUCCAGACCCUACUCCAAGCCUGGAUCCAGACCCUACUCCAAGCCUGGAUCCAGCCUCAACUCCAAGCCUGCAUCCAGCCAGACAUUAAACUACUCCUCUUACCAUUCACACUUACCCAGCCCAGCAUCUGGUAAUGCCUCUGUCCUCUUUUCCAGCCUCACCCCUUCCUCUCCCCCCCUCCUCUCCUCCCCUGCCUACCGGCUCCUGCCAGAGGGAACAUUGGAGAUUGUCAUGGUGACAUCCCGGGAUUCGGGUCUGUACACCUGUGUGGCUGAGAACACACUGGGGGCCGACACUCACAGUGUGACUGUAGGGGUGCAGGGGCCUGGGAAGGGGUUGAGGCAACAGAUGUUGGAGGGUAGAGGAUAGGGGUUAAAAAAGAGGGUUUUAAGGGAAGGCAGGUCACAUGAGGGCAAGGGUCAAGACAGCAAGCAUGAGGAGCAGCACACAUAUGAGUAAAGCCUAGCUAUAUAAAUAAUGAAUGAUAUUAUACACAUAACAACAUACACACAUACUUGCAAUACAUCGUUUCCAAAGAUAACAUCGCUUCCAGGGAUGAUUUAUAGGAUAGAUAUGGCUACCACUCUUGGCGGGGGUGCGGUUGUAGGUGGUUGUGAAGCCCAAUCCAGGAGGCACAUGUCCUGCCGCAGUUGGGACAUGUUAGGGCUGAAUCUGGAGAUGCUUGUGGGAGUGGUUGGGAGCAUUGGGGCCUGUAAAUAGGACAUAUGACACAGUGGCAGUACAUACGACAGUGUUGUACAGUCAGAUAUGUAUAUAUUUUAUAUAUACAGUACAUUUGGAAAGUAUUAAGACCCCUUGACUUUUUAAACAUUUUGUUAUGUUACAGCCUUGUUCUAAAAUUGAUGAAACUGUUUUUUUCUCUAAUCAAUCUACACACAAUACUCCAUAAUGACAAAACAAAAACAGGUUUUUAGAACGUUUAAAAAAUGUAUUAAAAAAACAACUGAAAUAUGACAUUUACAUAAGUAUUCAGAACCUUUACUCAGUACUUUGUUGAAGCACCUACAGCCUCGAGUCUGUAAUCGCUACAAGCUUGGCACACCUGUAUGUGGGGAGUUUCUCCCAUUCUUCUCUGCAGAUUCUCUCAGGCUCUGUUGGGUUGGAUGGGGAGAGUUGCUGCUCAGCUAUUUUCUCUCCAGAGAUAUUCGAUGGGGUUCAAGUCCGGGCUCUGGCUGGGCUAAUCAAGGUCAUUCAGAGACUUGUCACGAAGCCACUCCUGCAUUGUCUUGGCUGUCUGCUUAGGGUCGUUGUCCUGUUGGAAGGUGAACCUUCACCCCAAUCUGAGUACAUGAGUGCUCUGGAGCAGGUUUUCAUCAAGGAUCUCUCUGUACUUUGCUCCGUUCAUCUUUCCCUCGAUCCAGACUACUCUCCCAGUCCCUGCUGUUGAAAAACAUCCCAGCAGCAUGAUGCUGCCACUAUCAUGCUUCACUGUAGGGAUGGUAAAAGGUUUCCUUCAGACAUGAUUAUUGGCAUUCAGGCCAAAGAGUUCAAUCUUGGUUUCAUCAGACCAGAGAAUCUUGUUUCUGAUGGCCUGAGAGUCCUUUAGGUGCCUUUUAGCAAACUCCAAGCAGGCUGCCAUGUGCCUUAUAAUGAAGAGUGACUUUGGUCUGGCCACCAUUAAGGCCUGAUUGGUGGAGUGCUGCAGAGAUGGUUGUCCUUCUGGAAGUUUAUCCCAUCUCUGCAGAGGAACUCUGGAGCUCUGUCAGAGUGACCAUCGUGUCCCCGAUUGCUCAAUUUGGCCAGGCGGUCAGCUCUAGGAAGAGUCUUGGUGGUUUCAAACUGUUAUGCACGUGAGUGAGGACCCAAAAGCGGUUUAACAGAUACAGUCUUUUAAUGUCAAAUCACAGGGAAGACAUAGAUCCUCUUCAGAUGUAUAAAAAUGGCAAAAUAGACAACCCGCAGAGAGGGCGACAAAAGAAUAAUAAAGUCCCUCUGAAUAUGACAGAAGAGUCCCCUUCUUGCAGCAGAGGACUGUAGCUGGGUUAGAGUCCCCUUCUAGCAGCCGAGGAUAACAGCUGGGUGAGCGGCGACAGACUGCUGGUCUCUCUGGGUAGGCGCGGGUCGUAGAGGACAGAGGUACCUGAUCACAUGUAGCAUCAGAAGAACAGGUAGAUUCCGACAGGACGGGACAAGGGUGAAGCAAACAAGACGAUAGUUUGGUUCUGGCAUGAGAAACUCAAACGAGAAUCUGACAAAGACAGAAGCAGGAACAGAGAGAGAAAUAGAGACCUAAUCAGAGGGAAAAAGGGAACAGGUGGGAAAAGGGUGAACGAGGUAGUUAGAGAAGAUGAGGGACAGCUGGGGGAAGGAAAGGAAGAGAAGGUAACCUAAUACGACCAGCAGAGGGAGACUGAGUGAAGAGAAAGAACAGGAACAAGACAUAAUAUGACAAUACAUGACACAAACUUCUUCCCUUUAAGAAUGAGGCCGCUGUGUUCUUGGGGACAGUCACAUCAACGCUCCAGAUCUGUGCCUUGACACAAUCCUGUCUCAGAGUUCUACGGACAAUUCCUUCAACCUCAUGGCUUGGUUUUUGCUCUGACGUGCACUGUCAACUGUGGGACUUAUGUAGAAUAUAUUAUCAAAAGUGUCUGUUUUUGUGUAUAGAUUGAUGCGGACAUUUUCCACAAAAUGUGGAAAAAGGGAAGGGGUCUGAAUACUUUCCGAGUGCACUGUAUGCAUAGGCCUACACAUUGACAUGGUUUGAGUUUGUAUAAAGAGGACACUCAAACUGUGGUACUUGCCAUAGAGAAAAUAAAUGGACUAUUACAGGAGAGAAGUAUUCUUCACUUACACAAGGGGACAGUCAUUUUCCAAAUAGUGUCAUUUUAUUGUAGCCUAUCCCUGCCUUCUUUGAGGUUUUGUAAAUAAAUCUAAGUGGUUAAUGUGACCAGCCCUUUCUCACUCCGCCUAUUCCAUCGGCUUCCUGUCACCUUGCGUUAUUCUUCUAUCCUACUGCCUUUACAUAACAUUACCUUGUUUUCCUACCCAGUGUGCUACUUCUCUUUCAAAUAGGAUAGAGAUGUAUUAAAUUCUAUUUUGAGCUAUUAUUUAAAAAAAGUUGAACUGA